GUGUCACCAAAAAGGUCCGAGAAAGGGUGAUGACUAAUACAGUGCAAACAAGUUUCAAUUUGCUUGAUAGCAAUUGACUUGACCUCGACGUUCACUACUGCCCGUUGUCGUCGUCUGCUACAACCAGGUCAGCAUGCAAAACGCAGUCGCUGGCCCUUCUCGCGCCCCGACACCGCCGCCGCCGUCGAUAUCUAGCCCUGGUCCUCUCUUUCUCCCUCCACCAGCGCAAUAUCCUCCAGCUCCAGCCCUUUUCACGAGCACUGAAGAUCUCAUAUCCCAUUUCUACCUCCUCGAUGCCUACGACAAGUAUGUGCGACCGUUCAUAUCAUCCGAUGACCAGGGUGCUGCCAAUGCGCCACCGACGCCCUCCAUAUCACAUCCACUCACACCGGGAGGCCAUCUUGACAAAGGGAAGGGCAAGGAAGUCGCCGUCAACAGUCCUCUCGCGCUCGCUCCACAAACUCCCGCGGCGGAUCCCCAGGAUCCCGAUGACGAUGAUCCAGGUGGCAAGGGAGAAAAGAAGAAGAAGAAUAACUACAAGCACCUCAUAAAGGGCACACCUGGCAAACAUUCAAUGAAGAAGGAUGACUACCUCACGUCAGUGAUCAUGGGUCCAGGCAAGGAGCGCAUAAAGAUCACUCCUUUCGACCUCAAGACUCAGCGCGAGGCGUUCUCUGUCAGUGCAGAAGGGCUGAAAGGCUGGAAUCCAAGCACGUUGAUUCAAGAGUCGACUCAAGCACGAGAAGACCGGAAGAAGCGGGUACGUUCUUGUAUGACCAAUGUAUCACUGACCACACUCAUUCGGGUACAGAAAGAGCUAAGGCGACUCGCAAAAGCCCAGGCCAACGCCUCUGCUUCUCACACGCCACAGCCAACCCCGACCCCCAUUCAAGCACCUAUACCUUCUACGCCUGCCUCCCUAGCUGCUCAGCGCUCUGGCACCCCGCGGCCCGUAAGCGCCGUGCCUCGUCCCGGGAGUACCAAACCCCAUCUCCCCCCAGUGCAGGUGACAGGCCUUAAUGGAAGAACUAGUGGCGGAACCCCCCGGACUGCCACACCACACCCACUCAGCGCCCCACCCGUCAGUGCAAGUUCGCUGGCUGCACAGCAGCAGGUGCCGAGAGGGAAGAAGAGAGAACGGGAUGAUUCCGUUUCGAAUCCGAAUUCGAAUAAAGUUGCCCCGCCGCAGCCUAUAACUUCGAACAUUCCCCCAAAGGCGAUCAUGAAUGCCAAGGCGGGUAUUCCGGGCGCACGCCCGAGACCGAUAAAAAAACAGCGAAUGGACAUCCAAGGUCAAUCGAGAGAUACGGGCCCCAUGCAGCAGCCUACGCCACAAGGCGUCUAAUGGUGUUGCGACGUCCAAAUUCCUGCCUUGCCUCCCUCAUUUUUAAUCUUGUCGUCGCCGCAUCUAUACCUUAUUAACUUUGUUCUUACUCUUGCAUUCCGUCAUCCUGCACAUAACCAACACCCGCAUGCAUUUGUUACUCACCAGCAAUAUACAUUCAAUUAGUUCCGUUAGACUCCGCCCACCUGUACCUUGAUGCAAAUCUCGUCGCUGAUCGUAAAUGCGUUACAAUACAUAAGCGUCAUGAAGAAGAAAGACACAAAAAUCAGUACACUAUUGGUGAUAUCCGUAAGUAUUAGC